AUGCAUACUCCACUUCUGUCCGAACUAAUACUUCUGGUGAAUAGGUUGGAAAGCCCUGAAUUUGUGGAUUUAUUAGCCUCUACCCAGGUAAUUGCUAAAGGUGGUGAAGUACCUAUGACGCUCCCCCUUCACAACUUGACAUUCCUGAAUUUAACUUCUCUGAGCUAUGAUGAUUUGGAGAUGAAGCGUGUUCUUAAUUACCUAAUCAUGAAUUCCCCCAACUUGCGUGAGCUCACAAUUAAGCGCUUCAGACCACCUAGCACGCAGAGCUUGUUGGAAAGUGUCACGCGGCCCCAAUCCGGUUGCUGUUUGCAGCGUCUUAAAUUGUUUGAUAUUGAUGGUAGCCUUGGUACAGGAGUUGAUCUUGAGCUAGUGAGGUUCGUCCUAGCCACGGCCCCACUACUUCUGAGGAUUCAAAUCAAGCCUCUUCAUCGGCUGUGCUCCAAAUUGGUCAUCAAAUUCAUGAAGGAAGUAAUGCAGUACAAGCGUGUUUCCAGAGAAGCGGUAGUCAUAUAUGACUGGAAUGACGAGGAGGACUGAAGCUGCCAUUUGCCAUUUUGCUUCGUUGUCUUGGAAAUCAUCCUUUCGCAGAUAUGAUGGGAUUAUAUGUUAAGCGCUGGAUCUGUAGGAUACCUUUUUUUCUUAUUGUUCGAGUUUUUAUGCGUCGUUGGCUUUCUUUGGUUUCUACUUUCGAUAUUUGGCUUGAAAGUGUUCGUUUCUUUUGUAGUAUCAAUACUUCAGGUGAGUAGCUGUUCAAGUGUGUAUCUCGCCUGCUGUAGUAAAUUUGGAUUUGGUG